UCGUGCGACACCAACCAGACCAGGCGCGGCUUUACUCCGUGUCACCAAGCCGAUUGAAUAGAAAAUGCAGUCGCACUACGAAUCAGUAGGGCACUUGGGUAGGACCAGGAGCCGAGCUCUGAGCGCGCGCUGAUCUAUUUUGCCGAGGUAGAUACGCUACGCCAGGCAGAAAGUAUGUUUCUUCCUUGUCAGUAGGUCUGCGGCAGGUACGUACACGAAUUAUCUCUUGUCGGAUUGGUCGAUCGUGGAGCACACGACUGUCGCGGUCGGUUGCAUGUACACUCACUUCGAAGCCCAGUGUGCGGUCGCCCAGCAAGGGCAUAAGUGACACAUCGUCAGGUUCACAAGGUCAACAGGUCGUGUCGAGAGCGCGCUGAAAAGUGCUCGCCCAGGGGACAGCAACAGUAGUUACGGCUAGAAAGUAGAAUAGAUAGCGACAACAAAUCCCAGCUAGCCUCUGCCAGGAAAGCGAAUAUGAGUCGUCGCUAUCCUCCACUAAUCACACAGGCGGGACAGCAGCUAGCCGCAGCCACGGCCGAUCUAGCACCUCCGCAACGGCCAACGUCGCGAAUGCUGCAAACGGUGGACGGGGCCGUUCGCGGUCGAACCGUCGAGUUCGAGGUGGACACGGCGUUUCUGGAGAGCGAGGCCAAGCUGAAAUUCCACGUGACGGGCCCGAGCAGGACGGAGGUGCACGCCAUCCCGCGGCCAGCGGAGAAAACGCACCUGGUGACAUUCGUCCCGCAGGACGCCGGGAUCUUCUCGCUGCGGGUGACGUACAACGAGGUGGAAGUGGACGGCUCGCCGUUCCACAUCAGCGUUGCGGACGACCCGAAAUACGUGCCACCAGCGGGAGAUGCCAGCAAGUGCGUGGCGUCCGGGCCAGGCUUGAGCAGUUGUGUGGAGAAUCAGACGGCAUGCUUUGAAGUGGACACCAGCCGAGCAGGUUUCGGCCGGCUGACGGUGAAAAUGACUGGUCCGAGUAAAGCGGAGAUUGUAUCACAUCCGCCUCCCAUUGACGCCAGCAGCAUAGAGGACGUUGGCAAAGGACCGUCUAAGUUUGAUUACAAGCCGCUGGAAGCCGGCGAGUACAAUCUCUACAUCUGCUGGAGCGAACGGCACAUACCCGGCUCGCCGUUCAAGGUGAACGUGCGCCGCAAUCCGGCCUGCCAGGUCGAGGACAAGGUCGAGCAGUGCCUGGAGGCGGCUAAGAAGGUGCUGGUUCCGCCGUGCGAUGGCCUUCGCAACGGCACCUCGCGCCAGUGGCGCUCGUUCCUGGUGGAUGCCCGGGCGGCCGGUGACGGAGCGGUGGCCGUGUCCGUGCAGGGGCCGACGCGCUGCGACAUUGAGCUUGUCAAGCAGAACGGCGGCGGCAGCAGCAAUAAUAACAACAGCCUGGCUAAUACCAGUGGUCUGGGUGCGGUGGCUACCGAUCGCAUGUCCGGGUUAAUUGAGGUGCGCUAUCGGCCGGACAGCACGGGCAAGUUUGUGAUGCAAGUCACGUUCAACGAUAUCCAAGUGCCUGAAUCGCCAUUCACCAUCAACGUGGCCGACUAGUGAAGCUAAAACGACAUCUCGGGUGGCAGCGGCCUCUCACCGUCACAUUCAUUGCCGCAGUUUGAUGAUCGCCAAGGCUGCAUAGCCAUACAAAGCUGAUGCAUUUUCUAGUCGCUGUAUAAUCAGCCAACGACAAUGCCAAUAUUAUAAUAUGCUGCAGACUGGCGGAGUACAAGGAAGUACGGAUAAACUUCUGAAGCAGUUUCUCCAGGUGAAAAACUGUAGCAAUUAGUAUUGGUAGAACCAUGGCCUCAGUGCUAUUAUGAUAUCAGUGCUGGGUAGUCCACUGCAUUAUCAAUAACCCUAGAUCUGCACAUAAAAUGGCACGACUUCAACGAGCCCUGGCAAGUCCGUCAGUCCGCUGCACUAUCUUUCGCCCUAAAUCUGCACAGAUGUGCAUGGUGCAACUCCAACUAGCCCGGUGGCAAGGUACGUGUUUACGUACCUUACUGUCCCUAUUAUGGUGCAUGUGUAUGUGCAAUACUGACUUGUCGAAUUGAAUCCAUGUUCAGAUAGAAAUUCGUCCUAUGAUACAAUCACCACAGCCUUUAUAAUUAUGAUUUCAGGAGCAAAACCCCGGAUGGAAGCCGUUACAAACCCGA